GCAGGGGGAGGCGCUCCCCCGGGGCAGGGGAUCUGCAGGGGGAGGCGCUCCCCCGGCGGGGAGGGGUCUGUCCCUCGCAGAGGAGGGGCGCUCUCCGGGGCAGGGGUCCGCCCCGCGGGGGAGGCUCCGGCGGGCGGGCGGGGCGCCGGGAGGGAGGCGCUGGGCAGUGUCCUUCACCGGAACGUUUCCUCCGAGGUGGGACAAAGGCGGCGCCAGCAUGGCUCUCAGCGCGGCGCACAAAGGCUCCGGCGGCGGCAAGGAUCUGGAAUCCCUUGACACCUGUAUCCAGAACACACUGUCUGCCCUUUAUCCACCUUUUGAGGCCACGUCAGCCACGGUGCUCUGGCAGCUGUUCAGCGUGGCCGAGAGACUCCACGGUGGGGACGGGCUGCGCUGCCUCACUGACUUCCUCAUCCCAGCCAAGAGGGCCCUACAGCACCUGCAGCAGGAAGCCUGUGCCAGGUACACAGGCCUCAUCUUCGUGCACGAAGGCUGGCCGCUAUGCGUCCACGAGAAGGUGGUGGUACAGCUGGCGUCUCUGCGCGGAGUCAGGCUCAGGCCUGGCGACUUCUACCUGCAGGUCACGUCGGUGGGGAAGCAGUCGGCCAGACUGGUUUUAAAAUGUCUCUCCCAGCUUGGACGUGGCUCAGAAGAGGUCGCUGUCCCUGAGGCCAUGUACGGCUGCGUCUUCACGGGGCAGUUCCUGGAAUGGCUGAACGGGGAGCGGAACAGUGUCCCCUUGCAGAACUGCUUACUGACCUCAGGCUCUGCUGUCUUCCGCACCCCGUGGAGCAGUGUCACAGACCCCGUCUUUGUACCUACAUUCACAACGGUCCUGCCCCACUGCCCCUAUCCCAGGCCUGAGCAGUCAUCCCUCAGAAGAGCCUCCAAAGCUCUGACUCCGGCAGCAGCUGUGGCCAACAACCGUCCCCGGGAGACCACCCCUCCCAGCCACACCCCGCCCCUGUCCCACUGCCACAGGCAUCCGGGGGAUGGCCAGCCCAGUCACCAACCUGCCCCAGGAGGCACUGGCUGGGGAAGCCCUAGGAGCACAUUUAGGAGCUCUGACGGAGGCCAUGUCGGGGUGGGGCCCUCAGAGCCAGUCCCAUGGGAAGGACCAAGAGGGAGCCUGGACCCCACAAACAAAAGGGACGGCCCCCAGGCCCUCACUGUCUGUGAGGACACCGGCAGCCCAAGCUCCAGAAGGCAGUUGCCCAGGGACCCGGCCAGCACGGAGGCCAGACGUGGGUUCAGGAAGUCCUACAUGGAGGCCCUGCGGAACCCCAUGCCCCUGGGCUCCAGUUCUGAAGAGUCCCUUGGGGAUGAGGCCUGCAGCACCCAGACCACGGGGGCCAGGGUAGUGGCCAGCCCAGCCCAGAAGGCAACGCCCAGUCCCUGGGGAGACUCUGUGGAGCUCCCAAGUCAGGAAAGACGUUCAGGAACCACAAGAAGCACCCUGCCCAGGAGGUCUCGGUCCUGGGACAGGUCCGUCAGGAGCUCACGAGGUGCCGCUCGGCGGGCCUCCCGCCACUCAGUCAGCGCCAGGCUGGGAGGUCUCCUAGGAGGACGAGUUGAGGGCACCAGCAGUGCAGGCUCCAGCUGUCCGCCUUGCAGCACAGCCGAGAGUCCAGCUGGGGUCGACGCAGACAGCAGCACCUUCCUCAAGCGUGAUCCCAGCCAGAUUUCAGAUGUGCUUGUGGAUCCUGUGUGCCGCGAGGGAGGAGGACAGCUGCCUAGUACAGGAGCCGUGCCCAGCCAGGUUCCCAGGCAGCUGCUGGAAGUCAGCCAGGAGCUCCUCCAGUCCGGGGUCAUCACUCUCCCAGGGACGCGAGAUCACCAGGGGAGAGCAGUGGUGCAAGUCUGCACGAGGGGCCCGCUCUGGUCCAGCGCACACCCCUCCAGCGUCGAGCUGACCCGCCUGUUGCAAUACCUCCACGGCAUCCCCAGGAAGGAGGUGCGGGAGCUGGGGCUGGUCAUCCUGUUGGACGCUCGCAAGGGUCCGGCUACUCCUGCACUCUCCCAGGCUCUGGCAGUGCUGCAGAACACAUCUCCUCCCAUAAUUCAUAGUAUUGUGCUGUUGGUGAAUAAAGAAUCAGCAUUUAGGCCUGACAAGGAUGGAACAAUUGAGUGUGAGGUGGUGGGCUCCCUGAAGGCCUUGCACAAGCUUGUUGACAGCUCACAGCUGACCGCAGACCUCGAUGGCUCCUUUCCCUACAGCCAUAGUGACUGGAUCUGCUUCCGUAGGAAGCUGGAGUCCUUCACCACAGAUUGCGAGGAUGCCAUUGUAUUCCUACAAAAUUCAGUCCACUCCCUGAAUAUUCACAGAACUCUAAGCACAGCACAGGAGGUCACAGACUUAAUCAACAAGCAUAAGGCAAUGAUGAAGUGUGUGCUGGAAGAUGCACUACUGGUCGCCCUCCGGCUAGAAGGUGGCACCAUGCUGGCACGGCUGAAGAGGGAGCAGCUUGGCAGCAACCAAGACUACCAGGAUGCCAUCAAGGUCGCCUCCAGACUGUACAACCAAGUGGACGAAGAGGUCCAUAGGCUGGUCCUCACCUCCAACAGAUGUCUGCAGGAGCUGGAGAGACUACGGGAAAUAAGGAUGCUCCAGGAGGGACGAGGCCAGGUGGACAGGUGGAUGCAGCAGUGUGGUGAGUGCCUGGGACACCUGGGCCCGCAGCCCAUCGCUGAGUAUCUAAAUUGCUGGCACCAGGAGGCCACAGAGCUGACUACACAGAGCUUCCCUGGGGCAAGCAUGGCAGUGGCAGGCCUGGACAGCCCGCAGGCCCUACAUCGGUGGGACCCCUUAUGGCUGCAGAGCCAGCACACCCAACUCUGCUUCCAAGAGGCCCUGUCUGGGGCUAUCCCAGAUCCUGGCACCCUGCCUCUGGGCCGCAGACCCCUGAAGCAUGAGCUGAGCCAGGAGGCUGAGAGGAGGCCCCAUGAGCCAUCUUGGACGCCCUCCACUGACCUGGAGUGUCCCGCUGGGGAGCGGGCCCCGCUGCUGCCUGGCUCCCCUGGCCAAGCCUUUCUGCGCAAGCAGGAGGAUGAGCACCUGGCCCCAGGUGUGCAUUCCCCACACGACAGCCCCACUUGCUCCCCUGAGCCCAUCCAGACACCUGCUUCCCACCCCAGGAAACAUUCUCUGAAGAAAAGUAUGAGAAAAACACAAAGCUUUGAGAUUCCACAGCUUGACAGUGGCCUCAGAGACUCCCAUUGGCCAGGCCACACUGGGGUCUUCAUCAGGGGCCUGGAGGUGACCAGCACCGUGGCCUCCGAGAAGAAACCCCCAUCAAGGCCACAUGCUGAGAGCCCCCUGGUCACUCGGAACCAGAGUCUGUCCUCUCCCUCCAGGACCCACCCUUCCAAGGAGGACGGGAACAAGCAAGCAGGAAGCAGCCGACUGCAGCACAUCAUGGCUGAGAUGGUGUCCACGGAGAGAGAGUAUGUUCGGUCCUUAGGGUAUGUCAUUGACCAUUACUUUCCAGAAAUGGAAAGAACGGACCUGCCCCAGGACCUCCGAGGGAAGCACAGCAUCGUUUUUGGGAACCUGGAGAACCUCUAUGAUUUCCACCGCCAGCACUUCCUGGCGGAGCUGGAGCGCUGCCAGCACUGCCCCUUGGCGGCAGGCCGCGGGUUCCUGAGACACGAGGAACAGUUCGGCAUGUACGCGCUCUACAGCAAGAACAAGCCCCAGUCGGAUGCCCUACUCUGCAGCCAUGGCAACGCCUUCUUCAAGGACAAGCAGCGGCAGCUGGGUGACAAGAUGGACCUGGCCUCCUACCUGCUGAAGCCGGUGCAGCGCAUGGGCAAGUACGCACUGCUGCUGCAGGACCUGGUCAGGGAGGCUGGCCGCUGCCCCGUCCCAGAGCAGGAGCUGAGCGAGCUUCGGGCUGCCCAGGGUGUGGUCCGCUUCCAGCUGCGCCACGGCAACGACCUGCUGGCCAUGGACGCUGUCCGAGGCUGUGACGUGAAUCUGAAGGAGCAGGGGCAGUUGAGAUGCCAGGAUGAGUUUAUCGUUUGCUGUGGAAGGAAAAAGUAUCUGAGGCACGUGUUCCUCUUCGAAGACCUCAUCCUGUUUAGCAAGACCAGAAAGGUGGACGGGGGUUAUGACACCUACACGUACAAACAGUCCUUCAAGACGGCUGAGAUUGGGAUGACAGAGAACAUCGGAGACAGCGGCUUGAGGUUUGAGAUCUGGUUCCGCAGACGGCGAAAGUCCCAGGACACCUAUGUUCUCCAGGCCAGCUCUGCAGAGGUCAAGAUGGCCUGGACCCACGUGAUAGGGCAGAUCCUGUGGCGGCAGGCUCUGCGGAACAGAGAACUCAGAAUGCAAGAAAUGGUGUCAAUGGGGAUUGGCAACAAGCCGUUCGUGGACAUCCAGUCCAGUGACGCGGCCCUUAAUGACCGGGCCAUCAAGGCAGCAGAGUUGUGGACCCGAGCCCCUGUGGCUGUACCCUCCUGUGACCGUGCCACCCCCUUUAAGAGGCCACACUCCACCAUCUCAGACAGCAGCACCUCCUCCUCCAGCAGCCAGUCCUCCUCUGUCCUGGGACCACUGAGCCCGCACACGUCUGCCAGCCCAGCCCUGCUGAGCACUGCCUCUUGCCCCUGGCCCCACGACAUGCGCACCUGCUUGGAGGAGGAGGAGGAGCUGGAGCUGGAGACGGGGAGCCCACCUUCCAUGCUGACUGAGUACAUGUUAUCGGGGGACAGUGGCCUCGGGCUCCCUGGGCCAUUGCGUGAGGAGGGCCACCCGAGCACCUCCCCUGCCAUCCCAGGAGGGGCUCCCAGCUGCAGCGGCACAGCCAGGACUCCAUGACUCCGUGACUUAUAUGGAAGAGACUGAGCCCCUCCAGGACAAUCCCGUCACAGGGAGCACAGGAGCCUCCACUAUGGCCUGAGGCUGUCCUGCUGGGGGCUCCUGGUGCACCCCCACCUCAGCCACUGGCCACAGGGUCAGCACGGCCCGGUCUCCGCCUGCCUUUGUGCAUCCCCCCUGCAUAGCCCUCCACCCAGUCUAGGGGCUCAGGUGGCCCUGCCACUCUCACUGCUGCACCAAGGUUGGGGUGGGAGCUGGCGAUUCCUCAGUUCCCAUGGGGAGGUCCGGGCGGGCUUGGAUGGUCUCAGGGCCCAACAAGCCCUCUGGGACCGGGGUUUCCCCAGUCUUCCAGGCAACACAGGCCCAUGGGCAAUGGUCCCCCGGAGCAGCCCCACUGAGUGGACACCAGGCACAGGGACACCUCUGAGUAUAUUUGGAAUCUCGGUUUUCUUUCAUUUUUAAUAAGGUAGUGACCUGUGGCCUGGGACCCAGGUUGGGGCGAGGGCACAGCAGCUGGGCCUGAGGUCUGGGGUGUGUCCGGGGCCCCAAGAGGACCACCCCACAUCAGAUGGAGGAGCCUGGGUGGAUGCCAGGCCUUGAAUGAGCUUCAUGCUGUGAGGUGUCCUCAGAACGGCAGCCACGUGGGGCAGGGGCUGGGGUCAGACUGGGUGCUCACCAUGGUGACCUUGCCAUUUCCAGCUACUGUAGGAUGUUUUCUUCGUUUUUUCAAUGCUGAUUCAAUCCAAACUUGAGGAACAUAAAUAAAUGAGACGUGUUUCUCUCA